GCAGUUCAUUCCCAGAGUUUUGAGGAAUCUGGGAAGGUAAUUGGUGGGAUGAAUCAAAGAACCACAUGGCAAACUGCUGAGGGCCUGAUGCACAUGCAAGAGUACCAGUUUCUUCAUUUUCAGCAAGAACAUCUCCCCCAGAUGGAAUGAAACCCAGUGUCCCCCAAAAGAUGAAUAAGCAACAAAGCAUGGAGCCCUGGGGUUCCCCUGGCAAGAGAGAGGCUCGAAGCAAGGAACUGAAGGAUUCCUCAAGGCACCAGGCUCAGUGAAAGAAGCCACUCGGAAAAGCGGAAGAGGUCAUGCUCAGGAAACGUCACGCUCUGAAGGUCGUUCAGAUGACAUUCUUGAAAGGACAAAAUGCCCUGACAACACUGGUUUGCAGGCAUGACAUCACAGUGUGGGAGAAGACACUCAGGAUGGCUCAGGGAUCCGGAGACCAGCGAGCAGUGGGGGUUGCUGAUCCGGAAGAGAGUUCUCCCAACAUGAUUGUCUACUGCAAAAUCGAGGACAUCAUUACGAAGAUGCAAGAUGACAAGACAGGGGGUGUGCCCAUCAGAACAGUUAAGAGCUUUCUCUCCAAAAUCCCCAGUGUCGUCACAGGUACUGACAUUGUGCAGUGGCUUAUGAAGAACCUUUCCAUUGAAGACCCAGUUGAAGCAAUACACCUGGGAAGCCUUAUCGCCGCCCAGGGCUACGUCUUCCCAAUCUCAGACCACGUCCUCACCAUGAAGGACGAUGGCACCUUUUACCGUUUCCAGGCUCCUUACUUCUGGCCUUCAAACUGCUGGGAACCUGAAAACACAGACUAUGCCAUCUACCUCUGUAAGAGGACGAUGCAGAACAAGGCAAGGCUGGAAUUGGCCGACUACGAAGCAGAAAACUUAGCGAGACUCCAGAGGGCCUUUGCAAGGAAGUGGGAAUUCAUCUUUAUGCAAGCAGAAGCGCAAGUCAAGAUUGACCGGAAGAAAGAUAAGACGGAAAGGAAAAUCUUGGAUAGCCAAGAACGGGCCUUCUGGGAUGUCCACAGGCCAGUGCCAGGCUGUGUGAACACAACGGAAAUGGAUAUCAGAAAAUGUCGGCGUUUGAAGAAUCCACAAAAGGUUAAAAAGUCAGUAUAUGGUGUGACAGACGAGUCCCAGUCACAGAGUCCGGUGCACAUACCAAGCCAGCCAAUCAGGAAAACUACAAAAGACGACAUCCGAAAACAGAUAACGUUUUUGAACGCACAGAUUGACAGACAUUGUUUGAAAAUGUCCAAAGUGGCUGAAAGCUUAAUCGCUUACACGGAGCAGUAUGUGGAAUACGACCCUUUCAUAACACCAGCAGAGCCAUCUAACCCUUGGAUCAGCGAUGACAUCACCUUAUGGGACAUAGAGAUGAGCAAAGAGCCCAGCCAGCAGCGAGUGAAGCGUUGGGGCUUCUCUUUUGAUGAGAUACUGAAGGACCAGGUGGGGCGGGACCAGUUCCUCAGAUUCCUGGAGUCAGAAUUCAGUUCAGAAAAUCUCAGGUUCUGGCUGGCCGUCCAAGAUCUCAAGAAGCAACCUCUACAGGAUGUGGCCAAGAGGGUGGAGGAAAUCUGGCAAGAGUUCCUAGCUCCCGGAGCCCCAAGUGCAAUCAACCUGGAUUCUCACAGCUAUGAGAUAACCAGUCAGAAUGUCAAAGAUGGAGGGAGAUACACAUUUGAAGAUGCCCAGGAGCACAUCUACAAGCUGAUGAAGAGUGACAGCUACGCCCGCUUCCUACGGUCCAAUGCUUACCAGGAUCUGUUGCUGGCCAAGAAGAAGCCAGAAAGUGAGCAAGGUCGUAGAACUUCCCUAGAAAAAUUCACCCGCAGUGUGUGCUGCUGGCGCAGACUCAGAAUGGCCGCCGCGUUUCACCCCCGAGGUGGCUUCCUUCCAGCAGUGGGGAAAGUCGCUGGCGGGCAAGCGCCUUACGGGCCUGAUGCAGUCCUCCUGACCGCCCCGAUCCCAGGCUCAGGGCCCGGGCCCACAGAGCACCCGGGCAGGCGACGCUCCACAUCCAACGACAGAGCUUCCUUGCGGGGAGAUUUGGUCACUGUGAAGGAGAAAGAGUGAGGGCCAUGGAGGGCACUGGUGGGAAGCUGCGGUGGGUGAAUGGGGAGACCAGAGAGAAAGAAUCCACGGUGCUGGGCCAGCUGGGAGAGGCCCUGCUUAUAGCCUCUCUCUUGUACAGCCACACACCAAUGCUCAUUCUCAACAAGGGUCCAUUUCUAACUGGGUCAGAGAAUGUCUCAUGGGGUUCCUGUCUGACUAUCUAUCACUCAAGAUGUUGUUGAACUCACCUGUCCAGUCGUCUGGGGAAUCCAGCAAACUUCAGAGGGACCCUGGGCACACAGUAUUAAGCAUCACCUCCCUACCACUCUCUCUAAAGCAUUGGCAGUGCUCACUGCCAUCUGUUCCCCCUCCGCCACCCCACUGGUAUACCGGGUGGGUGACGGACGCUGCUUUCACACAAAAUGUCACAUCUUCAGUCCUAAUGACCGUUCAAGUUCUCUCCACCCUCUGUGAGACCACAUUUUAAAUAAGUCUCCACGGGUGUGGUGGCCAGCCCCAGUUCCCAUCAAAUGUCCAAAGGUCCUUGGCUUGAAGAGGCACCAGUACAGAUAGUGGAGUGUGUUGUUCAGCCACUGAAAGUUCGGGUGACAAUCUUUUAAAAAUAUUACUACUUCCUGUCUUCUGAUUUUUGCCCCUUGCACCUUGACUUGUUCCCUUGUGUUUGGCUCGCAAUAAACAUGGCCAUGAACUCAGGGGCCAUUAGGCUUCAUCCCAAUGGCAGCCCAAGAUGGAACUUUCUGGAGGUGGAUGGAUUGUAGGGCUGGCACAGGGCAAUGUCUUACCAGGCCUGGCCGACUCUCACUGGUUUAGGGCUCAGUUAUUCCUGAGUCUUAAACACAAUAUGCAAUGACAAGUCCCAACCAGAGUCACAGAAUUCCCUUCCCAACCUUAUUCUGAAGACCCAGCCAAAGCACCCUAUUAGAUGUAGCCAGUCACCUAGAAAAAAGCAAAAUGUGCUAGAGUCUGCAAAGGGACAUCUGUGUUCUUCCGGUGUGUCAGAAUAACCAUUUGCCAGCCUGGCUGUGAAGUCUUGCACCUAAAGUGCCACAUAGGUCCCAAAUGAGCACACAGGAGGUGCUUGGCAAAUGGUGGCUAGUACAGUUGUUGUCAUUGUUACUGGGAUCACCAAAUGCCCUCAGACGAAGAUGUACUAGGCAACAUGCUUUUAAAUUCAAAUAUAUUCUUCCACACACACCUGCCCUGCCAAUACCUGUUGGCCCCUCUAUUCUUCCACACACACCUGCCCUGCCAAUACCUGUUGGCCCCUCUAUUUGGCCGUAGGUGAAAACUCCCCCCUUGGGAGUAUAUAAACAGAGAAGGAAAAGGAAGGAAGGAAGGAAGGAAGGAAGGAAGGAAGGAAGGAAGGAAGGAAGGCAGGCUGGCAAACAUUGCUUAUGUAAGCAAAUUUACCAGCUGGUGACCCAAGGUCCAAGUGUUUGUUCAGUCUCAGCCUUCUGGGUACAUCAUGUGACUCAUCUGUUCAGCUCCCACCUGCAAAGCCUGUCCAUGCCUGGCUUCUACACAACCACUGAUCCACAGGCGUCCUGUUGGUCCCUCAAGGGGAAUCCUCCGUGUCAGAUUCUUGGCCAGCACAUCUGUUUCCAGGUCAGUUGUUCUCUCCUUGAGACAUGGUGGAGAUCAGAAGGUGUCUCUAAAGGUGACUGAAAACACCCAGACUCUUGCCAGAUGCUCCCACUGAACCUUGGCAAACAGAAGUAGCCACAUGAGUAGUGAGUGGGAGAAGUGAAGACACAACCCAAGUUAUGGAGUCUUCUGGCCCUUUCUCUCUAACUCCACUUAAAACGAAAUAAAACAACAAACAAAUAAAAUUCCUCUUAUGUAGAAAUAGAACCCUCCAGUUUCUAAACAAAAUUGUAGUCCAAAUUCAUCUCCAUCCAACAGUGCCCAAAGGAAGCUUCUCUUCUAAGGGCACCCUAGGCUAUGCUGACACUAAGGCAUCUGAUUUUCUCAAACAAUGGUUACAUCAUGCCCUCAGUCAUGAAGGACAAGGCUUCUGGCUGCCCCUUGGCCCUUCUAUGGUCUACAGAACACAUUCUAAGCCAGGCUGCAACCUGGGUAGGAUAAAUUUCUUGGCCAUGGCUUCUUGUGCCCUUUUCUGCACCAAUUCUUGUCUGCUGGUUUUGCACUGUGCUGUCCUGAAAACUGGGCUCAGAGUCACCCAGAGCCAGGUAUACUCUAGUUCUUAGAUGGAACAGGAGGCAAGCUUCUAACCUCCCCCAGCCCCCAGGGGACAGAGAAGCAGACAGGACAGUCAGCAGGUUCAAUAGAACCAAGGACAGACAGACACUCUAGAUGGAUUCAAGCCCAGAUCAAUAAACUCCCACCCCCACCUCAACUCCCAGGUAAGCUCAGGCACAUGGCCACUGUGUGUGCCUCAGUAGAUCAGGCAAGGAGCUGAGAAAACAAAGUAGGACAAAGUCCACCCAAGUUGACCAGCCCAAGACAGUUUGACACGCAAGAUUAUAAUGCAAAGGUUUGAAAAAUUGAAUCUCAGCCAGCUUCCCUUUGGCCUGGUACACACAGACAAAAUCAUUCCUCAGCAAAGCAAAUUCCUCUGCCCCGUUCUGACCCCUGGAAGCCUGGUAGGCUCUCCUAGCUACAUAUGGUCUGAGAGGAGACUACCCCUAUAAUGACUUGUGGAACAAGUGUCCUUUUGGCAGCUCCCCAGUCUUAGCAGGUGAGACAGGCCCAGGCAGGGAAGCAAAUGCUGACAUAAAUGUCUCCUGAAUUGGCAAGAGUGCAGAUGGGAGACUUUACAUUUAAAUGCCCGAAAUCGCCCUGACACCAGGCUGGCCCAGGUAGCCAGAAGAAACAACCUGCCUUUCUAGAAAGCGACAUGUCUGUUUCACCUCCCUGCAAGCUGUUGCUGUACCCCAGAAAUAAAGGAGGUACCAACUGCCAGUGAAGUUAGUCUUCUCUAGGCUUGCCCACUGCUCAGUAGCUAGGUACCUGGCUAGCCCCCAGGAAGGGCCUCUUACAAUGCUAAGUUGCUGCUGGGACUAGUCAAACCUUUGGGACAUGCCCAAUGGGAUUCCUGGGAUGUUCAAACUACCUCACCAACAGGAUACAGAACCAGAUGCCCGACCCCCCCUGCUUGUUGUGAAAGUUGGUGGUUUUCCUGAAAUGAGUCCUCCUGCUCUGUUCUGCAUGUGUGGGCUUCAGACGCCAGCACCAAGAAGCCUUUCCAGAAUGGGGAAAGGACUGAGGGUUGUUCAUCUUUGGGCCCUGGAGAAUUUCCUGGAGGAAAGUGUUCCAGCAACUUCCAGGAACUGGGAAGCCCGGGGCUGGAGAGAAAUUAUGUGUCACCAGCCUCCAAGGGGACCUGGCUGAGAGAUGAAUUUGUGGCAAGGACUUUGGAAUAGUUGAAUAGUGGUCAAAAUAAAUUGCUAAUAACUCACCACUGGACUCUCCGAAAGAGGCCUGUGUUCAUGUAACCAAGGCAACAGCAGACGCCAGCAACCUACUCAUUAGUGCCACCCAGUGAUAAGGCCUCCCCAUGGGCAAGACCCAGGGGCCAUCAAGUAGCAAAGUAGCAAAUGUAGCAAUAAGGGCCUGGGACCCUGAGGUGGCAGGAUCCAAAUAACAAGGCCUCAGUCUUCCCCAAGCCUCAGACAGGGGGGCAGAGGUAGCUGCUAUCAGCUGUCUGGGGUUGGGGAGCCCUGCCCACACCAAGGGUCCCUGUCUUAUAGCCUAUGACCAUUCACCGCAUGAUAACAGACACGUCGGAAUGGCCUCCUCUUAGUGCAUGUGGUUCUCGUUAGUUUAUUUUUCUGGAAUUUGGGGAACUGGACCCCAGGACCAAACAUGCUGGAAACAGUCUAAAAAUAAACAACUACUUGAACCCACUGAA